ACUGCGCAUGCUCCAUUUAUGCGGAAGCCGGGAUUCUGCCAUAUCUCGAAGACAAGUCAUCCCCCAAAACAAAAAUUACAACGCAUGUCUAAACACUAAGGAUAAAACGUCUUUGUUUUCAUUAAUUUGCGAACCAUGUCGGAAAUAGAUAGCAACCCCUUCGCUGAUCCAGAAGCAGCAAAUCCGUUUGCGGAUCCCUCAGUCCAACAAGCAAGAGGUGGUCAGCAAACAGGAACAGGGGCAGUUGAUGACUAUAAUCCAUUUGCGGAGGGAAACCAGACAAGACCUACAGCAGGGUCAAUGAGUGAUGAACCACUAAUAAAAGGAUCAUAUAAUUCUUAUUCUUCGCAAACAAUACCACCCCCACAACCAGCUCAGACCCAACCAGCAAUAAUGCAGCCAUCAAAUGAACCUCCUCCAUACUCAGAGAGUUCAGCCCAGAGAGUUGACACAGCAGACCUACAGAAAAGGCAAGAGGUAAUGGCAUAUGCUUUAAACACUUCAAAUGAACCUCCUCCAUACUCAGAGGUUUCAGCCCAGAGAGUUGACACAACAGAUCUACAGAAAAGACAAGAGGAAUUGGAAAAAAAAGCUGCAGAGCUACAAAGGAAAGAACAGGAGAUGAGAAAUAUGCAGUACAAUGAGCGAGCAAACAACUGGCCACCACUUCCAAAGUUUUGUCCUGUUGGACCCUGUUUCUACCAAGACUUCAGUGUUGAUAUUCCUAUGGAAUUCCAGAGAACAGUUAAAUUUGUAUACUAUUUAUGGUUAUUCUAUGUAAUAGUUCUUUUUCUCAACAUCUGGGCCAGUUUGGCGUAUUUCAUUGCUGAUUCUGAUGGAGGAGCCACUUUCGGCAUGUCAAUAGUGUGGUUUGUCCUGUUCACUCCUUGUUCAUUUAUAUGUUGGUAUAGACCCCUGUACAAAGCAUUCAGAUCAGACAGUUCAUUCAGCUUUUUUGUAUUUUUCUUCAAUUUCUUCUUCCAAGCCAUUUGUUGUGUAGUCAUGUUAAUAGGGAUAACAGAUUUCACAGUUGGCAUCAUCAAUGGCCUCACCAUGACUGGAUACAAAAACAGUGGGAAGGGGGUCAGCCACGUAGGUGUGGCACUGGUCAUGAUAUUUGUUGGCCUGAUGUUUGGCCUUCUUGCCUUGUUAGAUUUUAUCAUGUUGGUCAAGGUGCACAAAAUCUAUAGGAGCACAGGGGCCAGUUUUGACAAAGCUAAGCAGGAAUUCUCCACUGGUGUUAUGAAGAAUGAGACUGUUCAGGGUGUAGCUGCUAAUGCGGCUCAGGGCGCUGUCAAAGGCAUGGCUAGUCAGUACGGAUCCAAUAACAAGUACUGAAAAAACCACAUAUGCCCUCGCCAAGGCCAAUAUUGAAAUUGUAGGAAAUUACAUGUAGAGGUGUCAUCGGAAGACUUAUUCAAUUUAUAUGAACUUAAUGUGGUACUGAAGUAUUUUAAGUUAUGAAGUUACAAUUAUUUAUAUUAUCAUUUAUUGUUGAAUGGCAAAGACUUGAUGUAGUCACAUGUUUUGAAUGUCCAAGUCAUUUUUAGUAGCAGCCUGUGUUGAUGUAAGGGAAUUUCACCACAUUCUUGUUUAGAUAUCGGGAGAAAGCCAUGUAAUGGAUGUUGCUUAUGCUUGCCCAGAUGUAGAGAGAGAGAGAAUGGAGAUUAGCUUUAGUUUUAUCAUAACCUUUACAUUUUUUUUAAAAAAAGAGAAUUCCAGCACAGGUGUAUAAUUCAUUGAUAUUGUCAUGAUUGGGUAUUUAAUUUUGUUUAAAGGAAUUCCAUUUCAAGCAAAUGAUCAUUGAUGUAAAACUUUGAAAUAUCAAGAUUGCUUUAUUUGUAUCAUUGAACAGAGAAUAAUUUCAUCAUGCUAUUUGCCAGCUUGAUUUUAUAUCAGAAUUAGUGUAACAUAAGGUGUGCCUAUCCCUAUUUUUGCCAGCUUGUGAAAACAGUGCUUCAUUCCCCUACAAAUGCAUUGGUCUGUAAAAUCGACAUCGGGAAGUCCAGUAGUAAUGUAACAAUUUGUAUGUACAUGUUUGUUCUGGAUUUUGAGUAAUGGAUGAGUACUGUAUUUGAUGUUUUAGGUAGAGGUAAUCUUCGUAAAUAGUUUAUCAUAUAAUUAUUGAUACAUGUAUAAUUUUGGGGUGGGAUUUAAGUCUUAGCAUAGUCAAGAAGGUGUGCACUCAACAUUUUUGAGAAAUUCUGGUUUCUCUUAGUCAUAUUUUAUCAAUUUUAUGUAUAUAUAUAAGAUAUCAUGAAAGGCACUAUAACUAUAUGAAGUUUAUAGUUUUAAAAAGGCAAGCUUUUUCACGAUAUAUGUUUUUCAAAUUAUGAAGGUCCAGUGAUUGCCAAACUUUUCCUCCAAUCCAAUUCCUAAUUGUGAUUCAAUGAAAUUUGGACAAUAAGAUGUAUCUGUGUACCUGUGUUUGUCAUUCUGACUGUGUUUGAUAGAUCUUUGCCUGUGUUACAGAUUUUUCCCAGCUCUUGUUGUGAAGGGAAGACUUCAACAAUCAUAUCAUCAGAUUCUGUACAUAAUGUAUUUGUUAUACUUUGUUAAUGAUAUUUCUUUUUUUUUCAUCUCUUCUGUGUUGUACAACUUAUUAAUUUCUAUUUUCUUACUCCACAAAACAAAGCAAUGUUAAAAUUGAUUCAUACAGCAUGUAUGUUACGAAUUACUGAUGAAGAUAAUUAAUUAAGCAUUUGUUGUUUGUUGGUCACAAAAUACUAUUGUUUAAUUUCACUGAUUUAUCACUUAAAAGUUUUUAAUUUUGCACUAAUUUUGAUCCAUCACUAAAGACAAGUUUUAAAGAAAUGAAGUGCGUAUUUGUGUAGAAAUUAUGACUUGGAAUGUGUUGAUUUUUUGUGCACGGUCUCUCUGACCAUUUGGUGUUUAAAUGUUACGUUCAUUAAUCCCAAGUCACUAGUAAGUGCUAUGUAGUUUGUUACAAAUUAUAUUUACAUCAAUCUAUUAAAGUUUAAAAUGUGUCUAGAAUUCUUUAAAUAUACCAAGAUAAUGUCAAUCCAAACACAUUCCAGAAGGGAUAUAUCGAAAUGAAACAUGCUUAGUAUAAGUGAUGGAAAAAUUAAAUGAUUAUUAGUCACUGUCAUCAGUAGUUGCAUGUAAUUGUUGUCGUUUUGUGGGUUAAAACCUGUAAAAGAAUUGCGUACACUUUCUGUUACUAAGAAUAAAUAUAUUUAAAGCUGCA